UUUUAUAAAAUCCUUAUUUGUCUAAAACAUUUAGCUUUUGAUCACUUUUUAAUAAUCUCUGUUAUAAAGAAAUGUACACAGUCGUGUUAUUACUCUGAACCUAUACCGCUUGCAGUUUCUAAAGUAGAAAUCUCUCUCUCUCUCUCUCUCUAAUUUAUCUAUGAAGCAAUGGAUUUUUAAUUUGUCGAAUGGUAAUUAAUUAGGAUUAAUAUUGAAUUUUAGUGUGUACGUAUAUAUAAGUUUUGAACUAAGAGGAAUUUUAUUCAUAUUUUUUAACCAUGCACCAUCAUUUCGUCGUCGUUUCUUGAUCAUCACCUGAUUUCAAAGGAUUAAAAUAGAAAAUAAAUAAUAUUUUUCUUGAGCUAAAGUCUCAUUCCUUUUCAACUAAAAAUUAUAUACCAUGGUACGUACUGUUUGGAUCUUCUAUUAAUUAAGCAAAAUUAAAAAUUAGAAGUUUCACGUAUGGAUCUGGCGGGGCAGGCCAAAGAUUUUUUCCUAGCCUAUCGAAUCUAUGCAUGCAUCUUGUGAAAUAUAAUAAAUAAUUUUUAAUUAUCUAAUACUAUAUCAUAAAAUGAUGAAUAGUAUUACUUUUAUUAUUAAUGUCUCCUUCGAUGUGUUCAUAAUUAAGUUAAUUUGAAAUGAAUUUUGUAACACGAUAACAUGUUCAGAUCGAAGGUCAUCGUGGUCUUACUAUUUUUGUCAAAUACAUGAAUAAAUAGCUAUAUUAUGGUCUAAACACUUGUAAAGAAAGAAAAAGAAAAAGGUUAAACAAAGAAAAUGUACGUCUAGAACUUUAAUGUCCCUCUACUGGACAUAUAACCGUACGUCUCCGUCUUCAAAGCCUGGCCAACCAACAAAGAAAGAAAAUACAAAUUCUCUCUGACUCUUUGACCUGAUCUUCUGAAUUCCUCAGAGUCAUAGAAAGAUGAUCACAACCCAAACCCUAACCCUUGCCAGCAAAAAAAAUUGGUUUUCAUGUCGAUCAAUUAGUCAAUUCGGGCUCUCAGGAAAAAUAUAAAAUAUUCUAGAAUGAAAAAUCAGAAAAUCUUCUUUGGAAAAGUAUAUCAAAGCUAGCUGCAGGUAGGAAUCGAUUUCUUUGGCGUGAUAUAUACUUACGUACUGAUCAGGGCAUGGGGCCGGAAGGACUCUCCGGAGGCACAGGAAGGUGGCGUUUCGUCUCUUCACUGAGUGUUUGGAAGAGUUUCACAUACCAAAGCCUGCCUCAACAGCCGUUUAAACUCUCUGUUCUCAAAUUGGAUGGCUCCUGCUUUGAAUUGCUAGUUGAAAGAACGGCGACAGUAGCAGAACUGAAAGAGGCAGUGGAGGAGGUUUUCAGUUGUUCUCCAGAGGAUCAUGGAGAAAUUCAGAUCUCAUGGCCUCAUGUAUGGACUCAUUUUUGCUUAUGCUACAAAGGUCAGAAGCUAGUAGAUGAUAAAGCAUAUAUCCGACUGUAUGGAAUCAAGGAUGAGGAUCAGAUUUAUUUUGUCCGGCAUCUUUCAAUUAACGAUGCCCUGGAAGCUUCGUAGGGGUAGGAUGAAUCUGGCUGAAUCACUACAUAUAUGCACAGCUUUUUCUAGUCUUCUCUAAAAGAUCCACAUGAAUUAGUCGGCCUGAUCAUGAUCUACUAGUUCAUAUCAUGUGUGUACUGUGGAAAGCAUGCAGCUUCCAGGCCAUUCUCUAUCAUGAGUUGGCACGAGUACGCACGGAUAUGGAAAACUGGAUGAAAGAUCAUGAUUCUCUAGAGGUUGUGUUUAGUACUGUUUAAAGUCCAGAUGAAGAGCGAAAUACGAAAGGUGAAUCGUAAGGAGAAUACUGUUCAUGAAGAUCAUCACAAAUGCUACGUACUUCAAAUCGCCAAUUUUUAUGAAAUCUAUGGCGCAGGGGCUAAUUCAGAGGAUCGUGAAUUCAAGUGAAAAAGUGGGUUCUUCAUGCUCCGAAUUGCGAUGCGUGGAAAAAGUGAGUUCAUGAAGAUGCAUAUUGCAACUAGCUAGAUUCACUUCAACGGAAUUAAAUGCUUUUCUGGACCUAGAUUUUUGGUACGUACGUAGUAAAAAAACCAAUAAAUUGUUGUAGUGACUGGUCCUUUCGGCGGGCUUUGUCCACGACCACUGGGGAUCAAUCCGGUCGCAAUUAAUAAUGAUAUUCUCAGCUGAGUAUAUGAGCUCAUGCGUGCAAUAUGGGAUCAGAUCGAUCGAAGUAGUACUGCCGGGGCGAAACUGCGUACACUUUAUACGUACGUACGUUUGAAGAGCAAUAAACAUGUUUGGAAGACCCUAUAUCGCUAGGCUUACAAAAUGGUUCUGCCAUCCACCAAAUGCUUCAUUGAGUACUACAAUUUUCUACUACUUUUUGGAGGCUUACUACUGCUAUAAGUGCUUGGUACGUUCGAGCAGUACUAGCUAGUCAAAGAUAUAGAAUUUGAUUCGGAAAUAGAAGCGAGUCGAUUGAAUUACUAUUCGCGAAGGCAUUUAUAACAUUUCAAACACUUGAUCUUUAA